CUUUAGUGUGAUCUGGCUAAGGCCUAGCACCAAUUGCAACUUUUGUAGGCAAGAAAAAAACGAAAGCGCACUGAAAAUUACCAAUAUCCUGGAAACGGACAACCCGAUGCUUGGAAGAACGCUAGAGUAUAGCCUUAAUAAAAUAUACAAGAUUAAAGAAAAAUAGUCAUUUUUAUUUAUGUCUGUAAGCGCUCUAUAUAAACCAGCUGGUAUACUCACUUUUUAUGGUCAGAAUGUCAAGUUCGCGGUCUAGCAAUCUGCGCACUUAUUUGGAUAAAAAGUUCAAACCCACCUUUGAUCAGUACAGUAAGAAAGAUGGCAUUCCGUUGUCUGAUUUGAAAAGACUUCUCGGGAAGUCUGACCUCCCAGAAUCAAAAGUUCACAAUCUUGUGGACUCGGCAGAUAAAGAUGGAAACCAGUUCAUUACUUACGAUGAGUUCCUAAAACAAGUUCUAUCUGAGGAUGAAGGGACUCUCCAGAGACUGCGUAUUCACAAACGAGUCCUCAAUCGUGCAGUGUUGGCUAUAGCACCAGAUUGUGGACGCGAGCAUCAGCGGGCUGUCGCUGUAAAUUCUGGUUACGAUGCUAUCGAUGGCUACAAUUGGGGUGAAGCAGAUGUUGAUAAUUAUAUACAGGCUUAUGACUGUCGCCCUCCUCCUAUAUUUAUCCCUUUGAUAACUAUCGCUGAGAUUGCAGUUUUUAUUUACUACGUUGUUACUUAUAGCAACAAACCUGGCUCAUCCAGCAUCGUUACAGCGUCAUCUGGUGUUCCAAUUGAUAGUAUACUUAUUUAUAACCCAACUAAACGUCAUGAAGCAUGGAGAUUUUUAACCUAUAUGUUUAUUCAUAAUGGUUAUGUGCAUUUAGCUUUCAAUUGUUUACUUCAAGUUGUACUUGGUCUUUUACUUGAAAUCGUUCAUAAAUUUUGGCGAGUUGGAUUAGUUUAUUUGUUAGGCGUUAUUGCAGGUUCUUUAGCUCAUUCUGUGAGUGACCCAUUUGUUUUGUUGGCAGGAGCUAGUGGAGGCUGUUAUGCACUUAUUGGCGCUCAUUUAGCUACUGUAAUAAUGAAUUGGGAUAUAAUGCAGGAGGGAUGGCUAAAAGAUCCUUUAAACUUUAUAUCAAGUGGUGUUGUCAGAUUAAUUCUAAUUAUUCUACUUGGUGGUGGUGAUACCGGGUUAGCUAUUUAUGCUCGAUUGAAAAACCCAGAUGAGAGAACUCGUGUUGGUUUUUCUGCUCAUUUUGGUGGCUUUAUAGCAGGUCUUUUAUUAGGUGUAGUUAUUUUGCGUAAUUUAAAGGUAGAAAAAUGGGAAAAAGUUUUCUUUUGGAUAUGUAUUCUUUUCUUCGUCCUAUUUGCUAUAGCAGCUAUCUUAUUCAAUGUGUUUUGUGUAAGAAUUAACAAAUGUCCUGCCUCUAUAUGGAAUACUUAAUAAAAGUCUAUCAGAUUUUCAAUUUUUUUGACGGAGAAUUUAUGCAUUAUUGUUCUGUGAAAACACAUUUUUUCCAGAUUGUGAAUCUAAUUUUGUAUUUGAACGUAUGUAUGUAACUAAUCAAAGCACUGUGCCUUUUUGUUGUUGUACCUAUGUAUGGGACUGUUUUCGUUGGCCUUCUUUGUUAGCUCUUACCCCUUUAUUGAUUUAUUUAAGAUAUAAUUUUUUUGAAACCGUUUAUACUUUUUCGUUUCCUAUUUUUAUUUAGUAUAAAGCCUUUCUUGUUAUUAUCAUUUUUUUCUGACUUCACUGGUCUCUAGUGGUCAGUAUACAAUUUUUCAUGAAAUACAUACCUUGUUUCUUUUAUAAAAAAGGACAAGUAAAUAUUUUCCAUCCAAUAAAAAGGAAUUACCAUAUUUAUUCUUGUCUGGUCAACCUUUCAUGCUCAUUUCUUAUACUUGGACUCUUUCUCAUUUUUUUUUACUAGAAUAACUGAUAUCAAUGUGGUACAUGUUGACACUUAAAUACAAAUUGUUGGUUUUGUAUAUCUUAUUGUCUAGUCCUAGUGAUUUUUGUUUGUUUAUUCAUUUUUCUUCAAUCUGUAAUCAUCUCUGGGUAUUUUGACUAAAUUAAUUCUUGUUUUGUUUCAGUAAAAUCGAUUUAUUAUUAUUAUUAUUUGGUUGUGUAUCAGACAAUCUAAGCUAAGUAGACAUAAUAUCAUUAUAUUUUGUUUUGUAAUGUAUCAGUGUAGUAUACAUACAUGAAAGAAUGUUUACUUUUUGUGAAGGUUCAUGAAGCGUCAGUAAUGAGUAUUUACUUUGAAAAAAAAGACAAACGAAAAACAGGACAGCUUAAAUAAACAAUAGAAAGUAAAUAAAUAAGAUUCCUUAUUUUUAGUUAAGAUUUUAUGUAUAAUUCAGUUUAUUUAUAUGACUUUUUCACCUGAUUUAUUCACAAUCUAUGUGACUAAGAUUGAUCAAUAAAUUGUUCUUCCUUCAUAACUUGUGAAGGUAUUCUUUUUUUAACCAUAUAGAUAUAUGUAUUUGUAUGCAUUGCGCAAUUAGAAACUUUAUACAUAUGAUUAUUGUUUGCUAGUUUAUACUUUCUAUAAUAUAUAGUUGUGUACUUGAUAUAUUGUUCUUUUUCAUACAUUGGAUAACCAUUAGAUAUGAAGAUUAGUAAUUUGGAUGAUUUGAUAUUGUAUUAUUUGUACUCAUUUAGUAAAUAGAUCGAUGAUUGU